AUGGCCUAUGUUGGCCCAUUGGGAUACAUCAAGAAUUUGGUUGAGCAUCGGCGUGAUGGUAUAAAAGAUGAAGUACGCGAAGCGAUUCUCGUGGCCUUUAAUACUAUCACACCGAAAAUGGCGCACCGUGCGACGCGCAAUAUUGUUGAUAUUCACUUACCGGAUAUACAGAUUUCCACAGAAACAUGGGUCACUCUGAUUGAGCAAUUUUUAAUGUUGAUUCUUAUAAUCGGCCGAUGGAUGUUACCGAAAGGCGAUUUAACUCGCGAUCAACUGAGCCAACUUCUAUUAGUCUACAUUGGCACCGCAGCUGACAUUAUCGAAUUCUUUGAUUCUUUCAAGGAAGAUAGGAUAGCGAGGGAACCCGUCCUCGUGUACCUGACUUUGGGUAUCUGGGCGUGGUCCUUAAUGCAAUUCACAGUUGUGUUAACUGCCACCAAGUCUAGGAAGUCUAGAUUGUCAUCCGGAGGCAUUACUAGGAAAAAGAUUCGAACAGAAACCAGUUGUUGCAGUAUUGAUGUAUGGGGAAUUGCCUUGAACAUGAUCCUUCAGGACGGACCAUUUCUGACAUUUCGCUUGAUAUUGAUAAUCCACUAUCAGAUAGUCAGUUACAUGAACAUAUUCUUCACAUGCAAGAAUACGCUUGUGAUAUUGCUACAGUUGUAUCGACUUUAUGUGGUACAAAGUGAAAAUAAGGAUAAACGAACAAACAAGAAAUAUAACAAAAUAAAAAUGUCAAAUAUCAGUAUUAUUUCCAGAGAUGACAUAUAUAAAGAUGUAAGAAUGAAAACUUUGCGAGAUAAUAAUAGGUAUAAAAGUCAUCAUGAUAAGGACAUGGAAGCGAAUUAUAGCGAUACCGAGGACUCUAUGGAGGAUAUCGAUAAAUUCGAUUUAUCUCCUAAAAAUGUUACUUAUUUCAAACGGAGAAAUCGCCAAGAUACUGGAUAUUCAACGUCAAGUUCUCGCAAUUCUAGCAAGCAGGACAAGUCACAAAAGCGAGAAGGAAGAAAAUUGUCACAUAGAGAAGAAAUGAGAUGUGGUGUUUUUGAAAAUGAAAAAUAUAAGAGCAGAAGAGACAGAAAGUUUUAUGAAAAAAGUAAAAAAAAAUCAACGAAGAACAAGGAUGACGAUGAUUCUUUAACCGAAAAAAGCUUUAACCGAAAGUUUGACAUCGAAAAUGAAUCUUCUAAUGAGAAGCUGACUGAAAGUAAAACUGUAAGCGAAGACAGUGAAUUGGACUCUAAUAGAAGGUAA